AUGACAGAAAUUGAGUCUCAACAACUCAUUGAAGAUUAUUUAACUCCAAUAUUACUUCCUAGAGUUUCCGGUAGUGAAGGGAAUCUUAAAGUACAAAAAUAUAUUAUUGAAAAGUUUCAAACAUUAGGAUGGAACGUAGAAGAAGACAAAUUUACAGAUUCAACACCAAUAGGAGAAAUCACUUUUAAUAAUAUAAUUGUAACCAAAGACAUUAAGGCACCAAGGAAACUUGUAUUAGCUGCUCAUUAUGAUUCCAAAUAUUUUGAACCACCAAAUGAUGGAUUUAUUGGUGCCACUGAUUCAGCCGUGUCUUGCGCUAUGUUAAUGGAUUUAGCUUUUAGAUUAGAUCCUUAUUUCGAUAAUAGAGAUCCUGAAUCUAUCUCUACAACUCUUCAAAUUAUUUUCCUUGAUGGUGAAGAAGCUUUUAAAAGCUGGACUGCUACGGAUUCUCUUUAUGGAUCAAGACAUUUAGCGGCUAAGUGGGAAAACGAAUAUGUUGUAGAAACAGACGGUUCGCAAAAUAAAGCUAAAAAUGUACUUAGUAGUAUUGAAGUGUUUGUAUUAUUAGAUCUUUUGGGUUAUAAAGAACCGUUAAUAUCAAAUUUCUUUACAACAACUUCUUGGUUAUUUAUUGAAUUAUCUAAAAUCGAGGCUCGUUUAUUUAAAAGUAAAUUACUUAAAACAUCACAUGACAUGCAUGGAAUGCAUGGAAUGCAAGAUCCCAAAGAAACCAAGUUGGAAGAUAUUUCAUAUUUUGAUACAGAUUCUAUAUACACUUACCAAGCUCAUAUUGAAGACGACUAUAUUCCUUUCUUACAAAGAGGCGUUCCUGUUUUACACGUUAUUCCUUGGCCAUUUCCCGAAUGUUGGCAUAAGCCUUCUGUAUGUAUUUAA